AUGUCUAAGCCAGCCGGUUCCUCCUGGGACUUCGAGGUCUUCAAGACCACCGCCAGCGAGGUCGAGAAGGACCGCAUCCUCGCCAUAUACCUCAACAGCGAUGUGACCAACACCGACUGGGAAAAGGUGACUAGCGACCUCAAGUCUGCCAGCGCCAACUCGGUCAAGGUCUCUCACAGCAACACGUUCAAGAAGGUCGAGAAGGCUGGUGGCAAGAUCGGAGUCGCUGCUACAGCUCCCGCUACACCAAAGACUCCAACCAGUGGCAAGAAGCGCAAGUCCAAGGCGGAGAUGGAGGACAAGGUCGAUGCUGACAGCACUCCAAAAUCCAAGAAGGGACGCAAGACUAAGAAGGAGAUCGCCGCGGAGGCUGAGGCUGAGGCUGAGGAGGGAGGCGAGGCUGGAGUCAAGGUGGAGCAGAACGACGACGAGCUCUAA